CCGCCUUUUUCUAACCCACGUGCUGAUCGUUAGAAUUGAGUUCCCGAUUUCGUAGGCUUUCCCGAGGCCUUAUAAUACCAAAAUUCAUUUCUCAGUGUUCCGGCGAUUUGCUUCCACCAUGGCAAAAAGCAAAGUAUUUUUUGACAUCACCAUUGGCGGAAACCCUGCUGGUAGAAUUGUCAUGGAGCUUCGCAACGAUGUAGUCCCAAAAACUGCCGACAACUUUCGUGCCCUUUGCACUGGAGAGAAGGGGUUUGGUUUCAAGGGCAGCAGUUUCCAUCGCAUCAUCCCUGGCUUCAUGUGCCAAGGCGGUGACUUCACCAAAGGCAAUGGCACUGGCGGCAAAAGUAUAUACGGAGCGAAGUUUCCUGAUGAGAACUUCCAGCUGAAGCAUACAGGGCCAGGUACUCUUUCCAUGGCCAAUUCUGGACCAAACACAAACGGCUCACAGUUCUUUAUAUGCACUGCCAAGACUACAUGGCUGGAUGGAAAGCAUUGUGUCUUUGGCAAUGUUGUUGAAGGCUACAAGGAAGUUGUCGACAAGAUGGAAGCUGUUGGCUCCAAUGGAGGUCAAACGUCCAAGAAGGUGACCAUUGAAAAUUGUGGAGAGCUAUCGUAAAUAACGAGUACAAGUACAGCUUUCAGGAAUUGUUCAUAUUGAAUGAUUUAAAAAAAACAGCACCAAAGUUUGUUGUCUUGGACUCUUUGUUGUACCAAUAUUUCACUCUAUCGAUCACUGUGCAGUAUUAUUUGAAAUGUAUUUCGUAGGAUCUCAUUUGUCUCAAAUGUGCUAUUUUCUGACAAUAAGUUAAAAGCUUUAAAGGCAGUGCUGCAUUUCGUCCCUCUGGUAUCACAAGGGCCCUUGUGACAGCAGUCACAUUACCGGUAGAUAUUCAAUUAGUUUUCAUUCCUAAAUUAUCUGUAAUCCAAAUACUGCUUUUCUAAUACAACAUUUUUUUCUCUUGGGACAUGUCGUCUGAGACAAUACCACCAAUGAAUAUUCAUAGGUUGGAGGGUCCAGGCCUAUCAAUUAGACGAGUGCAUGUUUUUAACUCUCAAGUACAUAUUUGGAGAGGUAUUGAACAAAUAUUUGCUGUGGCAAGUCUUCAGAUGUGAAGAAAUUAUUUGAUGAAAAAAUUAAUUUUGACUUUUGCUAAUUUGGUAAUAUUUUGAGAUUUUUCUGCCAGUUGGCUGAAAAGAGUGGAAAUAUCAAUGUCUGUCCAAUUUGUCGAUUAUCAAAAAAUUUCUGUGGUCAAACACCAGUUUACUUUUCACCAUUCACUUGCCCGACUGUCCGGAAUAUCAUAUCAAAAUUUCAGAUUCACAACCCCACGCAGUAUUUGAUGCGUCGCGGUCAAACAUUGACAAUUGAACUGCUAAAAGGCUUAAAAAAUCAAUGGUGGUCUUGCCUCGUCCAAUUAAUACCAUUGGGUAAAUAUCGCUUGAAUGGCGAUGAUUGCCAAAUCUGAAUUCAUGCAAUGAAUAGCCAGAAAGAAGUGGAGUCCAGUAAAAACGAACUUAUCCCCUGAAAGCAUUGCAUUAAACCUGUCAAUUAUAGUCUACUGUCUUCUCGAUAUGUGAAGGAUUUUUUUAUAGUACACAAUUAAAAAAUAAUGGAAUUGA